UUAAAAAAAAGAAAACUACAGGAACCAAACCUCAAUCGCUCGAGCCUCCCUCCAUCAUUUGCUCUCCCGCUCUUUGUCGCUCUUUGGGUCUCUUCGUUGGUAGCCGCACCGAUCCUCCGUCUCAGAUAUAAAGAUGGCUUUACGAGGUGUAUGGCAGCUUCAGAAGCUGAUUGUCAGCUAUUGUGAUUGGGGUGGAAGCAGUAGGGGUAUCAGGGCAUUUAUGGACUCGCAAUUGCCAGAUUUUAAGAAGAAAAACCCUCAGCUAAAAGUAGUUCGUGAACUCAUUCGUGGGCAGCAUCCACACUUGAAGGCCUUCUACAAGAACAAUAAUCAACGGGUGGUAUGUGUAAGGAAUUUGGAUGCGGAAGAAAUACAUUUACAUGCAACGAGGCUAAGGAAUGCACUGGGGCGAAAGGUCAUAAAACUGAAGACAAGACAUGUGACCAAAAAUCCUAGUGUGCAAGGUACGUGGAAAACUGAUGUAAGAUUUUGAGGAUGCUUCCUAAAGUGCCUGAUUUUCUUUGGAGAUUGUCUUUUUCCAUCAAGAUUAUGAGAUUCCUUAAUAUGACGUUGUUGAAACAAAACUUCUUUUUAGAGUAGCUUGAGUUUGUAGUUUGUAGUAGUCCAACGUAAACUUUUGAGGCUAUUUUGUUCCAAUUCUCUGAAUACUCUCUCUGGAGAAAGUCUUUCCAUGAAACAUGCAACAAUUGCGAACUUAUCUUGAAUUGAUGAAGCAAAACAGGAUUCUGAAUUUA